AUGACUCAUACUCAUAGAUGGCCGCUCUUCUACGAUACCCUUCUCGCCAACGGCAUCCCUAGGGAUGCCGUUUUCCUGCAAUGGAAGGUGGCCAAGGUACACAUUGAUUGCUAUACGCUUGGCCCGGAAUGGAACGAGGCAAGAGACGGGGACGCCGUGCCCGACGACUAUCGCACGGGUCAAGAAUACGAUUGGCCCCGCAAGGUUGACCAGAACCACUGGGUCAUCAUCGUCGAGACGGAGGACGCUCGUCAGAUUCGCCUGGAGAUGGUGGACAUGUGGAACCCAAGAACAGUCGAAAGUCGGCCGGGCGUGCUCAUGCUGCACAGGCUGGCCUACAAGGGCCCGUCCAAAAGCAUGCUCUACCGCGCGACGUACACUUGGAGUGGUCCCCCUGCCACGAUCCGUCAGUUCCUGGAGCACACGCUCAAGAAGGGCUGGCACAAGUACGAGAUGGUAGAGACCGACGAGGGAGUGAAAGGAUGCCGCUAUCACUUGUCAACCAUACUGUCUAACCUCGCGCAGAGCGGUUUUCUCAACGAGGAGUCGGACAGAGGCAGCCACAUCGACAAAGCCAUGAUGUGGAGGUACACAAAGAACAAUGAUAUGGCCCCCCCCGCACUCUUGACGACUCAUGCGGGACCCUACAAACAGGGCAAGUUCUGGUGA